AUGCAGUUGCCAACGGGUGAUCUAAAAAUUUGCUAUAAUCACAAAGCGUCGACGUUGCCGCGCGAGGCGAACUUGGCGAACGGAACGACUCCGGCCUUCUCUUGGCUCCCCUGCCGCAUCCCUCGCUCUAAGUCCACCACCAACGUCGCACCCGCGUCCGAUGCCGCGUUCAGCUACCCCUCCAAGGAUAAUCGCGAGUUCGGGGGGCUCAUCUUCGCUCCUCCGCCGCCGUCAUCAUCAGCCCAUACGACGAGAACCGCGGGUGUGGAAACCGUCCUCUCCGCUGGGCGGCCGCUACCGCUGUUUCCGGUCCACCUCCAAGAUCCGUCCCGCCAACGCGCCUUCAAGGAGAACCGCGAGGACCACCCCACCCCUUUGAGGAAUCCGGAAAUCGCCGCGCAAACGCCUCCGCGGUCAUCCACCGCCCCACCGGCCACGGGGAGAGGAUCGAAAGAUGGCGGGACAUCGGCGUGGGCGCGAUCCCCAGGCCGAUCGCCUCCGCCCUCCGCAUCCUCCUCCGGCGGAAGAAAGGCCAGCUACGGAUUCUUGGAGGGAUCGCUUCGGUGCAGGACGGAGCCCUCUUCGGGGGAAGAAGAGAAGCACCAGCUAAGGAUGCUGAAUUCGUGGUUGCUACUGUGGCGGUUCACCAACGUCCGGAGCGUGGCGGACGCACAGGUUCAACUGCUAUGUCAAUGGGAACCGCAUGCCAAGAGACACUUUGAAGCCGUGGCCACAUUAGGGAGGUUUCUGGGAGCUGUCUAUCUCUUGCUUCCCUUGGUUGAAGGAGCCAAGUUCAUCGAUAUAUGUGAGCUGCAUUGAACAUCAUGAAAGGCAUUACGGAUAUAGAUGGGAAGCUCUACUCCAUGUGAGCCCCAGCGAGUGUUCUGUGUCCAGACAACCGAGCUGCACGGCUGCACUUGUCAAGAGUUCUGGGAGCAAAUAUGUCACCCUAAUUACUGGGAAGAAACAAGCAAAAUGUCUACUUUUCUUCUAGUAUUUGAAGAACUCCUUUUGUAGAUGAGCUACUAACAGAUCUAUUUUUGGCAGAUGAACGAAGCAAGCGUUAAGAGGA